AUGGCUAUUAGGGUUUCUCAUUACUUAGAUGAAGUCAGUAUCGUCGCCCUCUCCCUCGCGUCCUCUCCUCCACUCUUCUCCUUCUCCGUCUCGUCCCACACUGCCCUCUCCGUUGUCUCCUGGCCCCUCCCUCUCUCUCCCACCACCUCUUUCACCUUCUCCGCCACUCCUAGGUCGGGCCGGGAGACCAUCCACCGGCCAUCGCCGCCAUCUCCCCCGCGUGAUCUCUCUCCUCCCAGCAGCUGUUCUCGUCCUCUCUCGCCUCGGUCUCUUCCCUCAUCUCGCGCCCUCUCCACCUCGUCCACACACACCACCCCUACCCCUCCGCGCCACCUUGCCCGGUGCGCGCCCGGCCGCACCCGAGCCUCCGACCCCGAGCACCACCGCUGCGACUCGACCUUCGCCCGGACGCACGCCACCGCCACACGCAGCAGCCCAUCCACGCCGCGCGGGGCCGCGCGGGAGGCCCAGGAGAGAGGGGGGAGCGGGCAGGGGUACAGGCAAGGCGCCCGCGCGGCAGGCCGACAGGCCAGGCGUCGCUCAACUAAGCCUGCGGGCGGCGAUCCCUCCGCCGCCCGCGCCGCCGCGCGCCCGCCCGCCGGCACGCCGAGCGCCCCCGAGCAUCGCCACCCCGCCGGAGCCGCAGCCGUACCGGCCCCCCGCCCGCGGCUCGCGCUGCACGGAGACCGGACCGGGGAGGUGGGGGGGGCGGAACGAGGAGAGAGACGCGCGACAGGCGCAGAGAGCGGACUAAAGGGGGAUGCAAGACGCUCGGCGGGAAGGGAGAAGACGAGAGAGAGAGGGAGAGAGCCUGCUGGGCGUGGAGAGAGGCGCGAGAGUGAGACGGCUGGGGGAGACGGGAAGCACAGAGAGGGAGCCAGAGAGUGA